CCGCCGCACCGCUCCCCCCGGUCACCUUCGGCGGGCGGCAGCCAUGGUGUUCCUGCCCGACGAGUCGCGGUCGCUGCCGCCGCCGCCGCUCCUCAACAAGGGCUCGGUGUGGCUCGGGUUCGCGGGAUGGAUGUCGGCGCUGAUGGACAAUGCCUUUAACCACCGCCCCAUCUUCGGAGCCGGUAUUCACCGGCAGAUCCUGUUAGCUUCCGUGGGCUGCUUCGUGGGCUACCAUCUGGUGAAACGUGCUGAAUACAUGCAUGCCAAGGUGGAUAGAGAGCUGUUCGAGUACAUCAGGCACCAUCCAGUGGAUUUCCAACCAUCAACAGAAAAGAAAAGAGUAGGGCAGCUCUUGGAGGAUUUCCAGCCAAUUCACUGAGUGGUGACACAUCACAGAAUGAAUUCCUGCCAUCCUGAGAACUUCAACAAGGUGGCUGCAACUCUUGAACCGUCCGUGGAUUAAAAGAUGAAACUUUACUCACUUUCAUGUAAUAAAAGCUUGAUUAAAUAGUUAUUGUUUAA